AAAACACGCAGACAUUACAGCAUAAUCUACACAUAUGACAUAUAACAACUCACACUUUGACAAACACGUCCACCCUAUGCCAGCGAGAUACCACUGACCAGAGAAGAGAAGAUUACCUUCAACUGCGUCAGAGGGAGCGAGAGAGGACCUCCUUUUGCCCACAGCGUUCCAAGUAUAUCAUUCCCACACACACACACAGUUUUCCGACAGGGAUGCGCGGAGCUAAACGGAGACACCUCCAUACAGCACAAAUGGCUGCGAGUUUUUGCAAAACAACUUGUGCGUUCAUAUGGAUGUUUACAGUUAUUUCCACCGCUCGAGUGUAUCCACCUAACGAAGAGACGUUACUGGACACAAGGACAGUUCCUGGCGAGCUGAAAUGGGCGGCAAGUCCAACAGAAGGAGGGUGGGAGGAGGUGAGCAUCAUGGAUGAGAAGAACGUCCCUAUCAGAACGUACCAGGUGUGUAACGUGAUGGAACCCAGCCAGAGCAACUGGCUUAGAACCGACUGGAUCCCUCGGUCUGGAGCGCAGCGCAUCUACGUCGAGAUCAAGUUCACCCUCCGGGACUGUAACAGCUUGCCUGGAGUCACCGGCACCUGUAAGGAGACCUUCAACCUUUACUACUAUGAGUCCAACAACGACAGAGAGCACUACAUCAGAGAGAGCAACUUUCUCAAGAUCGACACCGUGGCAGCCGACGAGAGCUUCACUCAGGUGGACAUUGGGGACCGCAUCAUGAAGCUGAACACUGAGGUGCGUGACGUAAAGGUCACAACCCGGAAGGGUUUCUACCUGGCGUUCCAGGAUGUUGGCGCCUGCAUCGCUCUGGUUUCCGUACGUGUCUUCUACAAAACCUGCCCCCUCACUGUCCGCAACUUAGCAACCUUCCCCGAUACCAACACCGGAGCUGACACUUCCUCGUUAGUGGAGGUCAGGGGGUCGUGCGUGAACCAAUCAGAAGAGAGGGAGGAGCCCAAGAUGUAUUGUGGCGCAGACGGGGAAUGGCUGGUCCCCAUUGGAGGGUGUGUCUGUAACUUGGGAUACGAGGAGAAAAGCGGAGCCUGUCAGGCGUGCAUGGUCGGUUUCAACAGAGCUGUGUCUACAGACAGAGCAUGUUCCAAGUGUCCUCCGCACAGUCACUCAGAGAAGGAGGGGGCUGCUGUCUGUGACUGCAACCCGGGAUACUACCGCUCUGAGAGCGACCCUGCAUCUAUGCCCUGCACACAACCUCCAUCUGCUCCGCAGCAGCUGAUCUCCGAGGUCAACGAGACAUCAGUGGUUCUGGAGUGGAGCACCCCCCUCAGGCUCGGAGGGAGAAGUGACAUCAGCUACAGUGUGGACUGCCUGCUCUGCCACGGACCUGAGAGUCAAACCGGGAAUCGAACUUAUAUUGGGAGUCAACUCGGAGAAGCUGGUAGCCUUGCGGCUCUUAAGGGUCCUCUUGGGGCCCAGCUCUGCCUGCCCUGCAGUCAAGAUGUCCUGUUCUCUCCCCAGCAGAGUGGCCUAAGGGCCACCAGGGUGUGUGUGAGCGAGCUGCAGGCACACACACGCUACACCUUCACCAUUCUCGCCCACAACGGGGUCUCCCAGGGCCACAGUGCAGGGGCAGGACAGAGUGUGUCCGUCACUCUCACCACCAACCAGGCUGCUCCCUCCCCAGUUACAUCCAUCCAGGCUGGUGAUGUCACCAGGCAUGGUGUGUCGUUGGCAUGGCAACAGCCCGAUCGUCCCAAUGGUGUGAUCCUGGAGUAUGAGGUCAAGUACUACGAGAAGGAUCAGAAGGAGAGCUCCUACCGCAUCAUGAAGACGGCAUCUCGCAGUGCUGACAUCACUGGGCUGAGUCCGCUCACAGUGUACUUGUUUCAGGUGCGCGCUCGCACAGCCGCCGGAUACGGAGAGUUCAGCGGCCCCUUGGAGUUCUCCACCGACUCAGAUCCCUUGCCUCUGAUUGGUGAUGCCGCCAGCUCCACCCUGCUCCUGCUGUCAAUCAGCGGAGGUGUGAUUCUACUGCUCACCUCCACCGCAGUCUUCAUUAUCAGCCGCAGGAGGGGCAAAUACAGCCAAGCCAAGCAAGACUCCGAGGAGGAGAAACACCUAAACCCAGGUGUGAGGAUAUACGUGGACCCGUUCACCUAUGAGGACCCAGACCAGGCAGUUCAUGAGUUUGCCAAAGAAAUUGAUGCCUCCUACAUACACAUAGAGAAGGUUAUUGGCAUUGGUGAGUUUGGGGAAGUGUGUAGUGGCCGUCUGCGUCUCCAGGGAAAGAGGGAGAUCUACGUGGCCAUAAAGAGUCUGAAGGCAGCAUACUCUAACAAACAGAGGCAAGAUUUCCUCUCUGAAGCCAGCAUCAUGGGACAGUUCGACCACCCAAACAUCAUCAGACUAGAGGGCGUGGUCACGCGAUGUAAACCAGUGAUGAUCAUCACAGAGUACAUGGAGAAUGGAUCUCUUGACACCUUCCUCAGGAAACACGAUGGUCAUUUCACAGUGAUCCAGUUGGUGGGCAUGCUGCGUGGCAUCGCGUCGGGCAUGAAGUACCUGUCUGAUAUGAGCUACGUUCACCGAGACCUGGCCGCCCGCAACAUCCUGGUCAACAGCAACCUGGUGUGCAAGGUGUCUGACUUCGGCCUGUCCCGAGUACUCCAAGAGGACCCUGAGAAUGCCUACUCCACACGGGAGGUGACUGGGACGUACCACUCUCCAGGGGGGAAGAUCCCCAUCAGAUGGACCUCUCCAGAGGCCAUCGCCUACAGGAAGUUCACCCCAUCCUCUGACACCUGGAGCUAUGGCGUGGUCAUGUGGGAGGUGAUGUCCUAUGGAGAGAGACCAUAUUGGGACAUGAGUAACCAGGAUGUGAUAAAAGCAAUAGAUGAGGGCUACCGUCUGCCCCCGCCAAUGGACUGUCCUGUGUGUCUACACCAGCUGAUGUUAGACUGCUGGCAGACAGAGAGAACACACAGACCCAGCUUCACACAGAUCCUCAACAUGCUGGAUAAACUCAUCCGCAACCCGACCACCACUCUGAGGAGGACAGGAGAAGACAGACCUGUUCCCAGUCUGUUGGAGCCUGUAGGAGGUCCAGAGUUUGUGUCAGUGUGGUCAGCAGAAGACUGUCUUCAGGCUAUAGGGAUGGGCAUGUAUAGAGACACGCUCACUACUGCUGGAUACACCAGCCCUGACAGCCUGCUAACCCUCACACAUCAGGAUAUGACCAGUAUAGGAAUUAUCACACCAUCACACCAGGACCAGAUCCUUGCCAGUGUGCAGCAGGUAUUGCUGUCCCACAUGCAACAAAUACAGGAACAGAUGCCAGACAGUAUGGUUCCCGUCUGAGCCAGUGAAUGGAUACAAAACUAAAACAAUUUUUUUUAAUGAAUUUUAUUUACCUCAUCCAUGCACUUUAGAAUGAGAUUUUCACAAGGAAUUACAUCAACAUACAAAAAACUACAACAGAAAAUAUGAACGGAAGAGAGAAAAGCAGCACUUUUAUAAACCCUAUAAACUUUGACCUUUGAACUAUGACCUGAGGUUUGACCUGAGGCUGAAGAAGCUGCUGAAGAUGGUUUCACUGCAACACUGAGGAAACAACGAGACAUUUUGUCCCUUUUUUGUUUACUUUUUGUACAUACGUGUCCGUGUAAAUAACAUUUCAUCUGCUCCUGAUUUUUCUUUUUAAAAACAUUUUUGUUGUUGCUGAUUUUGUGUCAUCCCGACUUGUCAUGCACAAAACGUGUCUGUAGCUCAUUCAGAGUGGUGCCAUAGUUUUCAGUUUAGAAACUGUUUUCUCUCCCGUACACAUUUCAAAACGGAAUAGACACCUCCAGUUUGCCUCAUAUGCAUCUCAGGACUAGACGACCAAUUUGUCUUUAUACCAGAAGGACUCCAGCUCCCAUUCCCACGAAGAAGUAAUCCAUCCAUUGAGCUUUGUAGACGAGGACUAAUGAGUGCUACAAAUAUUCACCAACAAAGACUUGUAAGUUAAUAGUGAAGCAUAGUUCGACAAAUAAAAACAGGACAAAUUGAAUGUCGUCUGGAAGUCGAGAAACUUAAUGGACGAGCUGAUAAAGUGUAGUUCUGAAGCAUCACUGUGUGUGUGUGUGUGUGUGUGUGUGUGUGUGUGUGUGUGUGUGUGUGUGUGUGUGUGUGUGUGUGUGUGUGUGUGUGUGUGUGUGUGUGUGUGUGUGUGUGUGUGUGUGUGUGUGUGUGUGUGUGUGUGUGUGUGUGUGUGUCAGGUCAAUUCCAUUUAAAUUCCAGUCAAUUCAGAAAAUACAAUGAAAUUCCAACUCCAAUUCUCUUCCAAUGCUUUUCAAUCAGUAAAAUGUUCCAUUAGAAUUGGGUUUACUUUCUGAAUAGACUGGAAUUGAAAUGGAAUUGACCUCAAUCCUGGUGUGUGUGCUUGCCUUUGAGGACUAGUUUGGGAUAUUCAAAGACAGAAAUAUGGGCAGGGGAGCGUUUUGUGAUAGAAUGUAUGUGUGCCAAGCUCUUGCUGGCUUUUAUUUAGGAUGAGCACAUUAACAACAGUAUUAGCUAGUUUUAUCUCGUCAACGAUUAACAUAUACUCUAGGUAUUACAUGUCUUUGUAAAAUGUUACUGUUUGGAAAUACAAUCAGGUGCAUAAAGGAUUUCAUUCUA